AUGAACAAAGGGUUCUUCAACGGAAUACAAACACCAACAACACCAACCGAACUUGAAGCCAGCAGACCAUCUACCGCGAUACGAGGCACUGCUGUAAGUGCUCUACCAUCGUUCUGGUAUCCACGAAUGAAUAAGUGGAGAGUGUUAUGUUCAUGUCUCAUAUACAUGGGAAACGGUAUGAGCGACUCUGCGCCUGGAGCUCUGAUCCCCUAUAUUGAGGACUACUACCACAUUGGCUACGCGAUCGUCUCGACGAUCUGGAUUGCAAAUGCUGCUGGAUUCAUCUCAUCUGCUUUCGUUACAGAUUGGAUUCUCUCGCAUUUCGGUCGAGCAAGAACGUUGAUGAUUGCAGAAGCGUUCAUGAUUGGAGCCUAUGUGGUGGUUGCUUGUGCUCCUCCCUUUCCUGUUGUUGCCGUGGCCUAUCUCUUCAUGGGCUUCGGCAAUGCAAUCAAUCUCGCCCUGAACAAUGUAUUCUGCGCCAAUCUUGCAGACUCGACAGUCAUUCUUGGCUUUGCUCACGGCUCAUAUGGUGUGGGUGGUAUCGUCGCACCGAUCGCGGCAACAGCAAUGGUCUCCAAUGGCAUCUUUUGGGCACGAUUCUAUCUCGUGACGAUUGGUAUCAGACUCCUCUGCUUUGCCUUUGCGGCCUGGUCGUUUUGGUCCUAUGAGUACGAGACAACGUCGCACCUCACCUCCGACCUUCAGCAUCUUGCCGGUAACAACGCAAACGCCGAGCAUGUCGAGCUCAACAAGUCGAGCAUGUUAAUGACAGCUCUGAAGAAUCGUACCACAGUCAUUGGUGCUCUUUUCAUCUUCGCUUAUCAGGGCGCGGAAGUGUCUGAGUCAGGCUGGUUCAUCUCCUAUUUGAUCUCUUAUCGUCAUGGCAAUCCAGCAAAAGUCGGCUACGUGACAAGUGGUUUCUGGGCAGGCAUCACAGUCGGGCGCUUCACCUUGACACACCUCGCGCAUCGAGUCGGAGAAAGAAGUUUCGUGUUCGGCAUGGGAGUGGGAGUAAUUGUGUUUCAAAUCUUAUCUUGGUUGAUCCCCAGCGUCAUUGGGAACUCAGUAUCGGUCGCUAUUCUGGGGUUACUGCUUGGUCCAGUGUAUCCUGCUGCAGCGACUGUCUUCACCAAGCUUCUACCACGAAGAUUGCAAACUAUCGCCAUCGGCUUCAUCUCUUCUGCUGGAAGUUCGGGGGGAGCAGUCGUGCCAUUCUUGACUGGGUUGGCGGCGCAGAGUAGAGGCACUUGGGUUCUGCAUCCCAUAUGCAUUGGAGCUUAUAUCAUGAUGUUGGGCUGCUGGGCUAUAUUGCCAAAGGUGAAGAAGCCGACUUCUUGA